GACGGCAACCAUAUUUUGGCACAUUCUUUCAUCCGUGUGUAACUGAAGUGGAGUUUGCUUUGAGUUGAACGACCAGUGAAGAGUGCACCAUGACGCGAACAAGAAAUUUGCCUUCAAAGUCCAUCGAAGUAAGCGAGGAUAAACGUUCUGAUCAAAGGUUGCUGCACAAAUGGACCAGAUAUUCAAGCGCUAAGCUGGAAGAGGUCGAAGAAACGCUGCUCUCAGCUCUACGAAAACCGUUCGAAAGUAUCUUCGUGGAAGUAGGUCAGUGUGUCGGAGCAAACGAUAAGAUUCGAACGGUUGCACUGAACCGGGAGUCGGAAAAAAUUCCGGUCCUGCUGCUGCAUGGGCUCGGAGCAGGCGUAGGACUUUGGGUGCUGAAUCUGGAUGCCAUCGCCGAGCAUCGGCCAAUGUAUGCCAUCGACAUAUUGGGCUUCGGAAGAAGUUCACAUCCAAAGUAUGAUGCCGACCCGAUCGUCGCAGAACGGCAGUUUGUGGAUUCAAUUGAAGCUUGGCGGUCGGCUGUAGGCUUAGAACGGAUGUACAUUCUCGGUCAUUCCAUGGGCGGUUACCUUGCCUGCAGCUAUGCUCUAACUCAUCCACAACGGGUGGCUGGACUCAUUCUAGCCGACCCGUGGGGCUUCAUGGAGACACCGCCAAGGAUUAAGAGGAAAUAUUGGAUCCGGAUCCUGUAUAGGACGGCGCGGAAAAUGAAUUUCUAUCCGUUGACAGUGGUGCGUAUGGCUGGACCGACAGCAGCGUGGAUAUUGAGUCGCCGAAGGACGGAUAUUACAUCGCGUUUUGAGGCAAUCGUACCAAACGAACGAAUUGUUGCCGAUUAUUUACAUCUGGUGAAUGCCCAGAAACCUUCUGGCGAAAGCGGUUUCUGUGCUAUACAGAAGAACUUUGGAUGGCCUAUCAAUCCGAUGUUAAAGCGCAUCGACCAAAUCGAUCCCACCAUUCCUAUGACAUUCAUCUACGGUUCUGAAUCGUGGAUUGAUUUUGAGGCUGGUGAGGUAACGAAAGAAAAACGAACUGGAUGCUACGUCAAAGUGAAGAUAAUAGAUAAUGCCAGUCAUCACUUGUACGCGGAUUUUCCGUACAUUUUCAACCAGCAUGUGAACGAAGCCUGCUUCACGUAUGACAAGCGUAUCAACGUACACAGCAAAGUUACAGAGCUUGCCGAGGAGUGAAGCGACGGUACUAGACCUGUAGAUUGUAGCAGACGAUGAUGCCAUAAUUAAAAUGCCUCGAAAUAAUGUACCUUCUACUGCCAGCUCGUAACGGACAGCUGGCACACAACAUAGGUGAUAAUGGAUGAUGGUCCAUUCUCACGAGCCACCAGCCGAUUGGUUUGAGCCCGUGCGCCAACGUCCGUACUUUCCUAUAUACUCCCCAUGUACGCCAACAGUAUUUUCACGGCGAUUUACGAAGUGUCCGGUGAGCCAGCGAAUCCAAUAACUAAAACUCCACCUUGCUCAUUUGCUAGGCAUAGUAUUUUAAGCCCUGCUUCCAUGAUAUCUGUGUAAUAGCGAAGCCAUGUUAAGAUUUCCCAGUUUUAGAGGAGCGAGCAGUACGAGACAAAAAGAAAAGAAGAGAAAAAAUACUUGCGCCCAAAAUCGGAUUCAUCUCAGAUGAAGUGAUAAUAUUGAAACCGUUAGUUUUAGCACAAUCUUUUAAAGAGGAUGCAUUUUAUAUUACAUCUGCACAGCAGUUUUGUUACCAUGUGUGUAUGUGUUUUUUUACAAACUAGAUUUUACCUGCGGUUGAGAGUAACGAUAGAAGUCUACAAACGAAGAAACAAACGUGUGGUAAAGAUGCUAGAUACAAUGUAACGAAAAGUAGCU